AUUCAAUCAUAAAGAGGUCAUAAAUUUAAGUAAGCGCUCAAAACCAAAGCUGCGCUUACAAAAUACAAUUAAUGCUGCUGCUUAUAUUGAUGUUGUUUGAAAUUAAGGGAGCACUUGUUGAUUAACCGUGGCCUGACUGUAUAAACCGAUGCAUUAUAAAAGCACCACACAAACAGACUUAGAUUUUUCUGUGAACAGCAGCUUCCGUAAAACAAUCUUUAAUUUGAACUGUGUACAGCAGCUUAGUGAAAGCAAUAGUUAUAAUCAUAUGCAGGACGUGUUAAAUUUCGAACGCCUAUUUCCGCAGUAACGCAUAAGCAAACAUAAAAAAGGCGAUAAAAAGUUGAAAAAAUAUUUAACAAAAUAAAAUAUAUAUAUAAAAAAAUAAUAUUUUAAAGAAAAAGACAAAUAAAUACUAAAUAUAUUAUGCAAAGUUGGUGCAAAAUGAAAUAAUAUCCACAAUAAACAUUAAAGACUGUUAGAAAUCUCAAAAUUAAGUUUAAUAAAUUAAAACAUAUUUUUUUUAUUAUAUAUAAAGCAGGUCAUAUUUACUGAAGCGUGCUGAAUUUAAAUAAUAAACAAUAUAAGCUGCUUUUGACGUAUACUAUGAUUUAAAAAAAUUGUUUAUAAAACAAUUGAAAUAAUUACAAAACAUUCCUGGCUGAGCUGAGCAGUUUGGUGUUAGUUACUUACUUAUGGCGAACAAUACCGAUUUGGAUUUUAAAGAUGAUGGUGUUUAUAACGGUUCGGGAAUAGGGCAUGCUGGUGCAGAAAUAGCACACACACAAUCUCAUAGAAAACGUAUAGAAACUAUCGAAAUGUCUCCAAUUAGUAAUCCGAAUGACAGCCUUGCCAUACCUACACCCACUACAAUUUCUUCGCCCUUAAUGACAAAAUUGAAGAAUGAAACUGAACAGGUACGGAAUCACAAUGGAUUGCCGGAACGUGGUUCCUGGUCAUCGAAACUCGAUUUCAUAUUAUCUGUUGUGGGUCUUGCUAUCGGACUUGGCAAUGUUUGGCGAUUUCCAUAUUUAUGCUAUAAAAAUGGUGGCGGUGCCUUCCUUAUACCAUAUUUCUUGACUCUAAUAUUGGCGGGAAUACCAAUGUUUUUUAUGGAAUUAGCGCUUGGACAGAUGCUAACGAUCGGUGGGCUGGGGGUUUUUAAGAUUGCGCCCAUAUUUAAAGGUAUUGGCUAUGCUGCUGCCGUAAUGUCUUGCUGGAUGAACGUUUACUAUAUCGUCAUUCUGGCAUGGGCCGUUUUUUACUUCUUCAUGUCUAUGAAAGCAGAUGUACCUUGGCGUUCUUGCAAUAACUUCUGGAAUACCGUAAAUUGUGUAAACCCAUACGAGCGCAACAACUUAAAUUGCUGGGAGGAUUCGAUAAAUGGAACAGUAAAGAAAAUUUGCUCUUUAGCCGCAGCAAAUAUCAGCACAUCAGAGUUAACAGAUCCAGUUAAAGAAUUCUGGGAACGUCGUGCACUGCAAAUUACCGAUGGCAUCGAACAUAUUGGCAGCAUACGCUGGGAAUUGGCGGGCACUCUGUUAUUGGUAUGGAUUUUAUGCUACUUCUGUAUAUGGAAAGGUGUGAAAUGGACAGGCAAAGUAGUUUACUUCACUGCACUCUUCCCCUACGUCUUGCUAACCAUAUUACUUAUACGCGGCAUAACCCUGCCAGGCGCAUUUGAAGGCAUCAAAUUCUACGUGAUACCGAAUUUUUCAAAGCUUACAGAAUCAGAAGUUUGGAUUGAUGCAGUUACACAAAUUUUCUUCUCUUAUGGACUUGGACUUGGCACAUUAGUUGCGCUGGGCAGUUAUAAUAAAUUCACGAAUAAUGUCUACAAAGAUGCCUUAAUUGUAUGCACAGUUAAUUCAAGUACAAGCAUGUUUGCUGGUUUUGUGAUAUUCUCUGUUGUCGGCUUUAUGGCACAUGAGCAACAAAGACCGGUGGCAGAAGUAGCUGCAUCUGGUCCUGGCUUAGCAUUUUUGGUAUAUCCAUCGGCGGUGCUACAAUUACCUGGUUCACCAUUGUGGUCUUGUCUGUUCUUCUUUAUGUUACUGCUUAUCGGGCUCGAUUCACAAUUCUGUACAAUGGAAGGCUUUAUUACGGCUAUAAUUGAUGAAUGGCCACAAUUGUUGCGUAAACGAAAAGAGAUAUUUAUAGCCAUCGUAUGCAUAUUGAGCUAUCUGGUUGGUCUGACUUGCAUCUCACAGGGCGGCAUGUAUAUAUUCCAAAUAUUGGACUCGUAUGCGGUUAGUGGUUUCUGUCUAUUAUGGCUGAUAUUCUUCGAAUGCAUAUCAAUUUCGUGGUGUUAUGGCGUGGACCGUUUCUAUGAUGGUAUAAAGGAUAUGAUCGGUUAUUACCCCAUGGUCUGGUGGAAGUUUUGUUGGUGUGUUACAACCCCGCUCAUCUGCCUGGGAGUAUUCUUUUUCAACAUAAUACAAUGGAAGCCGAUAAAAUAUUUAGACUAUAACUACCCUUGGUGGGCACAUGCGUUUGGUUGGUUUACUGCCUUGUCGUCGAUGCUAUACAUACCCGCUUACAUGUUUUGGCUAUGGAGACGAACACCUGGAGAAACAGGCCAGAAAAUUCGAGCGAUCGUACGAAUAGAUGAAGAUAUUAAGCACCUCAGAGAGAAAAUGCAGCAAGAUACAGCUAAAACAGUGGAACUUUAUACACUCUAAGGCAUUGUCUAAAUUAGCACCAUAUAGCAUUAAUUAAUAAUUUCCUAAUCAUUUAAUUACAAUACAUCAGAAUUAACGUAUUAAAAAUAAUAAGGUAUAUAAGUGUGUUAGUCAAUGAGUAUAUAUGCUUAUAUCAUUUAUCUUAUACAUU